GACAUUAUUGUCAUGGCUGUUGCAGACACGUAAUAAUUAAGUCAUAUUGUAAGUGUUCACAGCUAUUUUGUAAACUACGUGCAAUUUAAACAGUUGGUUGCUUAACGGAAGUCUAUGUAUUCAUACAAACAAGCUUAUACUUCAUUAGUUUUGAGCCAACCCCUCUAGACUAGACAAGAUGGCGGCCUCCAUCGGUAAUCUCGCUGGCAAAGUGGCUCUCAUUACAGGGGCCAGUUCCGGUAUAGGUGCUGCGACGGCUAAGCUGUUUUCGCGUCUUGGGGCGUUUGUGGCUAUCACGGGACGGAAUGUGGACAAUCUACAAGCAGUCGGCAAGGAGUGUAACGACCCGUUUGUGGUUGCCGGCGAUCUUGUGAACGAAGAGGACACGAAGAGGAUCCUGGACGAAACUAUCAAACACUUCGGUCGGCUAAACAUACUGGUGAACUGCGCGGGUAUUCUAGAGCUUGGUAAUAUAGAGAACACUUCACUGGAGCAAUAUGAUCGGAUGUUCAACAUCAACGUUAGGUCAAUGUAUCACCUGACCAUGCUGGCGGUUCCACAUCUUAUAGAGACAAAGGGUAACAUUGUCAACAUAUCCAGUGUGAACGGACUCCGAUCGUUCGCGAACGUGCUUGCCUACUGUAUGUCGAAGAGCGCGGUGGACCAGUUCACAAGAUGCGUCGCCUUAGAACUGGCACCUAAACAAGUCCGAGUGAACUGUGUCAAUCCCGGAGUGACCGUCACGGAGCUUCAGAGGCGCGGAGGGUUGAACGAGGAGGCAUAUCAAAAGUUCUUGGAGCGUUCCAAGGAGACGCACGCGCUCGGUCGACCCGGGCAGCCAGAUGAAGUUGCGUCCGCAAUCGCCUUCCUUGCGUCUGAUGCCGCGUCCUUCAUCACCGGGGCGACCAUACCAGUAGACGGGGGCCGCCAUGCCAUGUGUCCCAGAUAACAAAUGAUUACAACAAACACCAUGUGAUGACCAAUUGCGUUAUACACAUUAAACAUUUUAUCUAUACCGUAUUGCCAUUGAUGUUUGUAUUUUGAAAAAAUGUCGAACCUUGUGUUCUUGUAAAAGUAUUUGUGUGCAUACAUUUACUAUAACUUAGCUAAAUGACACAUAUUUUGUAUUUUAUAUUUCUAGAAACUUUGGAUGAGGUUGAUUUUGUAAAUCUUUAAUAAUCUUUAAAUUUCAAUCGAGUUCUUGAUGUCUAGUCUGCGCACAACUUAAGUAUAUACAAGCGAUGUUAUAUAAUUGCUUUUGGUGUUUGUAUAGAUAUAUAUUAUUUGCAUGUUUUGGCAUAUAUCUGCACUUAUUCUUAUAUUUUGAUUUGGUCGAGUGUGAUUUUAAGCAGUAAACGUGCAUUGAAUGUAUUUACCAUCUUAUAUAAUGAUUUUCAGUAAUAAGCGUUGCGGUUACUGAUGGGGUUCUGAUAAUAUUGUUUCCAUUGAUAUCAUAGUCAUAGUAUCAUGUUCAUGUCGCCGCGUUUAGCAACGUUACGCAACAUGCUAGAUACGUCGUUACGGUAAAACGGUACCUUCGAACUCCAGCCCGGCCAUGUCACUUGUUCGGGAAGUUGUCGUUAAUAAGAAUACCAUGGCAACUUUCACUCCGACCUCCGAGUCAUGUCGGGCAGUUUGGCAAUACGUAUAUGCACAUACGUAAUUGCGGAAAGUUGUCGCCUGCUGACUUUCAUAUGUGCGGGUAGUUUUCAGUUGCUGACUUUCAUAUAUGCGGGUAGUUGUCAGUUGCUGACAUACGUAUGUGCGGGCAGUUGUCAUUUGCUGACAUACGUUAGUGCGGGUAGCUGACAGUUGCUAACAUACAUAUAUACCGGCAGUAGUCAGUUUCUGACAUACGUUUGUACGGGCAUUUGUCAGUUGAUAACAAACGUUUGUUCGGGCAUUUGUCAGUUGCUGUCAUACGUAUGUACGAGCAGUUGUUAGUUGCUGACAUGCGUAGGUGCGGUUAUUUGUCAGUUGCUGUCAUACGUAUGUGCGUGUAUUUAUAAGUUGCUGACAAACGUAUUUGCACAGGUGUCAACUGCUGACAAACGUAUAUGCCAGUUCACUGUUGUCAGUGGCAGACAUACGUAUGUGUACACAGUAUUAGUUAAUUUCUUAGAUUUGCUUAGCUUUCGAAUAAAUCAUCAUUAACUAUCUUCACA